GUCUCGGCUGUUGCGACCGCUCUGAACGAGUGGAUCCAGAAGAAGCCCUCCGACCUGAAGUUCCUCAUGCUGACGUUUGGUGCGAAUGGGCUAUCGCACAACGCCCAGGUGUACGAGAAGUGCCUUCGGUCGCGCGUCGCGCAGCAGUCUCUGGACAAGGAGGCCUUCGUGUCUAUGAUGCUCAAGCGCUUUGAGGGCGUGCCGGCGUCUACGUCGUCGGGGAGUGCCGGUGAGCUGAUGGCGUUCAAGGCGUAG